GCGGCGGCGGCGCCCACGCCCUGCCCGGCCGCCUGCACCUGCAGCAACCAGGCCAGCCGGGUGAUCUGCACCAGGAGGGAGCUGCUGGAGGUGCCGCAGAGCAUCUCGGUCAACACGCGGUACCUGAACCUGCAGGAGAACCACAUCCAGGUGAUCCGCACCGACACCUUCAAGCACCUGCGGCACCUGGAGAUCCUCCAGCUGAGCAGGAAUUUGGUGCGGAAGGUGGAGGUGGGAGCCUUCAACGGUUUGCCCAACCUCAACACGCUGGAGCUGUUCGACAACCGGCUGACCACGGUGCCCACGCAGGCCUUCGAGUACCUGUCCAAGCUGCGGGAGCUGUGGUUGAGGAACAACCCCAUCGAGAGCAUCCCCAGCUACGCCUUCAACCGCGUGCCCUCGCUGCGGCGGCUGGACCUGGGCGAGCUGAAGCGGCUGGAGUACAUCUCGGAGGCGGCUUUCGAGGGCUUGGUCAACCUGCGCUACCUCAACCUGGGCAUGUGCAACCUGAAGGAGAUCCCCAACCUGACGGCGCUGGUGAGGCUGGAGGAGCUGGAGCUCUCCGGGAACCGCCUGGGCCGGGUGCGGCCGGGAUCCUUCCAAGGCUUGGGGAGCCUGAGGAAGCUGUGGCUGAUGCACGCGCGGGUGGCGGCGGUGGAGCGCAACGCCUUCGACGACCUGAAGGCGCUGGAGGAGCUGAACCUGGCGCACAACGACCUGGCCUCGCUGCCCCACGACCUCUUCGCGCCGCUGCACCGGCUGGAGCGCGUCCACCUGCACCACAACCCCUGGCGCUGCGACUGCGACGUGCUGUGGCUCAGCUGGUGGCUGCGGGAGACGGUGCCCAGCAACACCAGCUGCUGCGCCCGCUGCCACGCGCCGCCGGCGCUGCGCGGCCGCUACCUGGGCGAGCUGGAGCCGGGCCACUUCACCUGCUACGCGCCGGUCAUCGUGGAGCCGCCGGCCGACCUCAACGUCACCGAGGGCAUGGCGGCCGAGCUGAAGUGCCGGACGGGCACGGCCAUGACGUCGGUGAAUUGGUUGACGCCCAACGGGACGCUGAUGACGCACGGCUCUUACCGGGUGAGGAUCUCGGUGCUGCACGACGGCACGCUCAACUUCACCAACGUCACCGUGCAGGACACCGGGCAGUACACCUGCAUGGUCACCAACGCCGCCGGCAACACCACGGCCACCGCCACGCUCAACGUCUCGGCCGCC